AUGGAGUCUCACUCUCCAAAGAGUCUUCGCCAAGUCUCCGGUCUAUCUUUCAUUUUCCUUCUAGUUUGCUAUACUUUUCUUGCUUCCGCCAAACUUCACGUCCAUGAAUUCAUCAUAGAGGCAAAGCCAGUGAGGAGGCUGUGCAUAACUCACCAAACCAUCACCGUCAAUGGUCAGUUUCCUGGUCCAACCCUAGAGGUGAGAAAUGGAGACUCUCUCGCCAUCACCGUCGUUAACAAAGCUCGUUACGCCAUUAGCAUCCACUGGCAUGGAAUCCGACAGCUGCGUAACCCGUGGGCUGAUGGACCAGAGUACAUAACUCAGUGUCCAAUCCAACCGGGACAAAGGUAUACAUACAAAAUCAAGAUCGAAGACGAAGAAGGCACACUUUGGUGGCACGCACACAGCGGUUGGCUUCGAGCCACCGUCUAUGGAGCUUUCAUCAUUCAUCCUCGUCUCAGUUUUCCUUACCCUUUCUCUAUGCCCAAACGUGACAUUCUAAUUCUUCUCGGGGAAUGGUGGGAUGGAAACCCUACGGAUGUUCUGAGGCUAGCCCAACUCACUGGAGCAGCACCAAAGGUCUCAGACGCUCACACCAUCAACGGCCAACCGGGGGAUCUCUACCGUUGCUCCGGACCCGAGACCGUCCGGUUCUCUAUUUUCCCUGGUGAGACGGUCCAGCUACGUCUCAUCAACGCUGCCAUAAACCAAAAGCUCUUCUUUGCGGUCGCAAACCACCAGCUCACCGUAGUUGAGGUAGAUUCCGCUUACACUAAGCCUUUCACCACAAACGUUGUCAUGAUCGCUCCAGGCCAGACCACAAACGUCCUUAUAACCGCUAACCAACGCCCCGCCCAAUACUACAUCGCCGCACGUGCCUACGAUAGUGGAAAUGCUCCCUUUAACAACACCACCGCAACCGCUAUUUUAGAAUACGCUAACGCAAACGCUCCUAGUAGACGCGGUCAGAUCAAACCGGUUUUCCCGGUCUUGCCAGAGUUCAAUGACACCGCUACCGCAAUCGCUUUUGCCAAACGCAUGCGGUACUGGAAGAGAGCUCCGGUACCACUCCAUAUCGAUGAAGAUUUGUUUUUCACGGUCGGUUUGGGGCUGAUAAACUGUCCCAACCCAAGAAGUCAGCGAUGCCAGGGACCAAACGGGACGCGGUUCGCUGCAAGCAUGAACAACGUCUCGUUCGUCAUACCUCAGAGUUACUCUGUCAUGCAAGCCUAUUACCAAGAAAUCUCCGGGAUCAUAACAGCGGAUUUCCCGCAGGUUGCGGCUGAAUUUGAUUAUACAAGAAACGUGAACCGUGGGCUUUGGCAACCGGUAAAGGCAACAAAAGCCUACAAGCUUAAGUAUAACGCCAAUGUGCAGAUUGUGUUGCAAGGCACGAGCAUUGUUACCCCCGAGAGCCAUCCUAUGCAUCUACACGGAUACCAGUUCUACGUUGUCGGGUCCGGUUUAGGGAAUUUUAACCCGAAGAGAGAUCCGGCUAGGUUCAAUCUCUUUGACCCACCGGAGAGAAAUACCAUCGGAAACCCUCCCGGUGGAUGGGUGGCCAUCCGGUUCGUUGCUGAUAAUCCAGGAGCUUGGUUUAUGCACUGUCACAUUGAGUCGCAUCUAGGAUGGGGUCUGGCGAUGGUUUUCCUAGUCGAGAAUGGAGAUGGACCGCUCGAGUCGGUGAAGCCUCCGCCGUUGGAUCUCCCAAGAUGCCAAAUGCGGUCGUUUGGUUCCUCACUCGAUCUAAAAUAUCUCAUGUUUGUCUCGUUUUGGGUUUUGUGGGUCUUUCUGUCAUAA